AUGGCGUUUCUUAAUAUGUUUAAUACUAGUAUACGUUGCGCGCGCAAGCGCGCGUGUGAAUGUUGGUAUGGAAUUAUCUAUAUUUUCAUGCUUAUGAUAUGUUUGACCAAUCACGUUACGAAUAAAAUGUCUUCAUCAAUAACUUUAAAAAAAUUUUUAAACUUGAAACAAUACAAAGUUUUCAAUGAAAAUUUUUGUAUUUAUUCAACUGAUUGUUCAGAAUAUUUUACAAAAAUAAAAAAAAAUCUGAAGGCGUGGAUAUUUAAAUUAACAGAACUUUUUGUUAAAAUUCAGGGAUUAAUAGAGAUGUACGAGCGGGUUGUUUUAAUUAAAGUUUUAGUCCAUUGUCUAUUAUAUGAAUGCGUAGAUACAAUAGUUGUAGUAAAACUUCUGACGAUGCUGCCAACCGAAGAGGAAAGAUCGAGAAUCCAAGAAGCGCAGGCCGCCAGUCCGGAUCUGCCUCUCGGUUCAGCAGAACAGUUUCUACUUACUCUUGCUUCCAUAUCUGAGCUACCGGCAAGAUUGAAGCUCUGGGCUUUCAAACUCGACUUUGAGAACUCUGAGAAGGAAAUAGCAGACCCGUUGAUGGAUCUUAAGCAAGGUAUGGAGACGUUGCGGAUGAAUAAAACGUUCCGUGGUAUUCUGAGCACACUGCUAUCAAUCGGGAUAUUCUUGAACGGAAAUGAGGUGAAGGGCUUUCAGCUGGAAUAUCUCACCAAAGUACCUGAAGUCAAGGACACCGUACACAAGCAUUCUUUGCUCCAUCACCUUUGUCAUAUGGUGAUGGAGAAGUUCCCGGACUCGACGGAUCUUUACUCUGAAAUCGGAGCUGUAACCCGAGCGUCGAAGAUUGAUUUUGACGAGUUGGCGUCAAAUAUCAGCAAGCUUGAGAGUGAAUGCAAAGCCUCUUGGGACCAUCUGAAGCUUAUUGCCAAGCACGACGGCUCAACAAUGAUGAAAGUAAAAAUGUCAGACUUUUUAGCCGAUUGUGCGGAAAGAAUUAUAGUACUGAGUAUCGUUCAUCGGCGAAUAAUCAAUAGGUUUCACAAAUUUAUUCUCUGGCUUGGUAUUCCCUUGCAUCGUGUUCAAGACACAAAGCCCAAUGAAUUCUGCAGAAUUGUAUCUGAAUUCGCGCUGGAAUACAGAACGACUCGCGAACGUGUUAUACAGCAGCUGGAGAAGAAAGCGAAUCAUCGUGAGAGGAAUAAGACGCGGGGAAAAAUGAUAACUGAGGCAAAUCGAGCUGACGCAGAACUUAGACAACUUCUUGGCAGUGAUAUUUCUGACGUUGAAAGUAUACACGGACGAACCUUGCUGGGCCCCAUUCUGAGGGACGAGACGACCAACGGAAACGUCACAGACGGCGAUGACGAGCUCCUGGAGUCGCUGGUGAAGACUGCAACCAAGUGUCCGUCUACCAGGACAACCCCGCGCGAGCGCAAGAGGACGCGAAACGCCGAUCUGCGCAGGACUCUGAAAAACGGACUGUCGGAGGAAGAGAAGAAGCAUAUAGCGGCGUACAUAAAGGGCUACUGA